AUGCCGUUACAAAGAAUUCCACCAUUAGUUUCACCGGAAUUACUCUAUGCAUUGGCGUCGAUGGGUCAUGGAGAUGAAAUCGUUUUAGCAGAUUCAAAUUUCCCAUCGGAAUCAGUAGCGCGAGCAAAUGGUGCUCGAUUGAUUUUGUGCGAUGGUCUACCGAUACCGAAGCUUCUACGGCAGAUAUUAAAACUACUUCCAUUAGAUCAAUAUGUUCCGCAACCAGUUGCUUUAAUGGAUCUUGUGGAUAAUGAUAAAAGCAAAGGUUUACAAGUUCCCAUCUGGGAACAAUACAAGCAAAUCGUUGGAAAUAAUGUUCAAUUCGAAAUGGUUGAACGUUUUCAAUUCUAUGAAAGAGCUAAAAAGGCUUUUGCGAUUGUUCGUACGGGUGAAAGCGCAAUAUAUGCAAAUAUUAUUUUGAAGAAAGGCGUUGUCGUGGCUAAGAAACAUCCGACAAGCGAAGAUGAAGAUACAAAUGAAUAA